UGCGGUUUGGGACGUCGACGUGGUUGAAGGCACGUAGCGCUUUCAGUAAGCGGUAGGGAGGGUUUCAGUGCGGUCCUAGUGAACAGUCAUGUUUAAAAUACGAAAUGUGCUUCGAAGAGCGAUUAUUCAAGCAGACAGCGUCAUCUUUUGCAAAACUGGACACGAGCACUCCAGGGCCUCAAUCUCAACUGGGCCACAACAACAACACGGAACUUUCUAUGAAUUUCGCACCUACUAUAUCCACCCACACCUGAAUGCAGCCUUUCACAAGCUGACCAGCGAGAAGGUCCACCUACGCACUGCACAUUCUGAGCUUGUGGGCUAUUGGAGCGUGGAGUAUGGAGGCCUCAAUCAGGUCUUCCACAUCUGGAAGUAUGACAGCUAUGCUCAGCGAGCAGCAGUACGGGCAGCACUGGCACAGGAUCCCAACUGGAUGGAGCAGUACAUCUCUAAAGCUAUGCCCAUGCUGAGCUCUCAGGAUAAUGAAGUUACAUAUUUGGUGCCCUGGAGCAAGAUUCAGAAACCACCUAAAGAAGGCGGUGUGUAUGAGCUGGUGUCAUUCCAGAUGAAACCAGGGGGUCCAGCAGUGUGGGGUGAGAGUUUUCAGGGGGCAGUGUGCACCCACGCUGCACCAGGAUAUGCUCUCCCUGUGGGUGUUUUCCACUCUGAGUUCGGACUGCUGAAUAGAGUGCAUGUUCUAUGGUGGUAUGAGAGCGCAGAUCAACGGGCAGCAGUAAGACACAAAGCCCACAGUGACCCUAGGGUUGUGUCUGCAGUGCGGCAGAGUGUAGCCUACCUGGAGUCUCAGAAAAACAAGCUGAUGUUUCCCUGCUCCUACUCGCCUCUUAAGUGAACAUUUAAAACUUACCUAACACUACCGGUGCUGACCUUUUGCUGCACAGCUCUCAACUUAUUCUAACAAGUGUGUGCUGGACUCCAUCAUUUCAGUGGUUUGCUUAUGUUGCUGUCUUCUCAAUAUGUAGAUGAGCAUGUAUAAGAUGACAAUGCAUCUACAGUAUUGGUUUCUGAGUUUCCUUUGUCUCAUUUCCUUAACCCGUUGCAUUCAACAUUUCUCUCAUCACUUUCAGCAGUAGUCAUGGUAUAUGUGUGUCCUGAGAAAACCCUCCAUAUGAUCAAAUUGUAACAUUUCUACUGUAUAGUUCUGAAAUCCAUGUAUAUCUCUGAACUGAUGUAUGUAUGUAGGUAUACCUUUUGCUUGUAUCUCAACCAGAAUUCUGGUUCACCUCAAAGUUGUAGAAAAAAGGGAGAAAAUUGCAUUUAAAGCUUUGAAUCUGACUGCACAUUAGGCACGUCACAGAGAUUCUGACAAAAGGUAUCAGAUUACAAAUUGAAAUGGCACAUAAUUAUCCCAAAAACGUAAUUAAACAGUGAUACUCACUGUUUGUUAAAUUCAGGGUGUUGUGAUAUUUUUAGGCAGACUGGUUGUUUUUACUGCUACAUUUCUAAAACCCGCUCCUUACACAAUGUGAUCUUUGCCGAGGCAAGAUUAAAAACUAAAUAAAGCAUUUCCAAGUCA